UAUCUCUUUCGCACCUCUAAACGCGAAACGUGUCAACUCAACGUCUUUGUUUUCCCCCUGAGUUUUCCUUAAUUUUGGCCAUUAACCAGACGAUAUGGUGGACGAUAGCACCCGGAAAACGCUAAGCAACAUUCCCCUUCUACAGAUUCGCGCUGGGCCUCGAGAAAAGGAUGUGUGGGUGCAGCGACUGAAGGAGGAGUACCAGGCUUUAAUUAAGUACGUAGAGAAUAACAAACAAUCUGGCAGCGACUGGUUCCGACUGGAGUCCAACAAGGAGGGCACCAAGUGGUUCGGCAAGUGCUGGUACAUGCACAAUCUGCUCAAGUACGAAUUCGAUGUGGAGUUCGACAUUCCAGUGACAUAUCCAACCACCGCGCCGGAGAUUGCUCUACCAGAACUUGAUGGCAAGACGGCGAAGAUGUACCGUGGAGGCAAAAUUUGUCUGACGGAUCACUUUAAGCCAUUGUGGGCCAGGAAUGUGCCAAAGUUUGGUAUCGCCCAUGCCAUGGCACUGGGUCUUGCUCCGUGGCUGGCCGUGGAGAUUCCAGACCUCAUCGAAAAGGGCAUUAUUACGUACAAGGAAAAGUAGAUAACUAAAGUAGAGGAAAUUACUGGCAACAAAAACAUGAACAAAGUUAAAUAUGAAAGUCA